GAUUACAUUUUACGAGUGCUACCUUCCACUCCAUAACCAGAGCAAAGAGACCAAAUAAAUGGCGGCCAUCGCCGGAAAACACGUCAAGAACUUUUCCCACUUCAUCGGCUCCGCCAUUCGCAUUCCCCUGUUUCCUUUCUCUCGUCUUCUCCCUUGCCCCUUCUCUUCCACUCCCCAUAAAAGACCACAGCUCUUGAUUUCCCCUUCACUCAUUACGCACUUCUCUUCUUCAUCCAUUACCGAUUCCGCCUCUUCAAACUAUCUUUCCGUCCGCAUCCGCUGCCGAAAGAAUUUCGUGGAUUUGCUUUCAGAAGCUCUGCUAAGUUUUGGUGCGAGUUCUACUAGUGUGGAUGAAGAACAUGUUUCCAGCAGCUCCCACGAGAUAUAUGUUGACACAACAUUCCCUGAUGGUGAAGAUGUAAGUAAGUGCAUCUCAUAUGCGGCUGAUUCUGUAGGCUUGAAGGAGAUACCCCUAUACGAAGUCACAAUUGGUGAACAACAUGAUUGGUUAAAGAAAUCCCAGGAAUCGUUUCAUCCAGUCAAGGUAACUGAGGGACUUUGGAUAGUGCCUGAGUGGAGAACUCCCCCGGAUGUGCAUGCAACAAAUAUAAUUCUAAAUCCUGGAUUAGCAUUUGGAACAGGGGAGCACCCAACUACAAAGUUGUGUAUAUUACUGCUGCACGGCUUAGUGAAAGGAGGAGAAUAUGUCUUGGACUACGGCACAGGAUCUGGCAUUCUUUCAAUUGCAUCGCUAAAGCUUGGGGCUGCCUUAUCUGUUGGCGUCGAUGUAGACCCGAAAGCCAUUGAAUCUGCACAGCAAAAUGCUGCUCUGAACAGUGUAGAACCUGAAAAAUUGCAACUGCACCUGGUUCCUAGUAAUAUUGCAGAACAUAAAUUUAGUGAAACAUACAUUUCUGGAAAGGAGAACUUCGACAUCGUCAUUGCAAACAUACUUCUAAAUCCUCUGCUGGAAUUAGCAGAUCAUGUUGUCUCUUACGCCAAACCCGAGGCAGUUGUUGGUCUCUCUGGUAUUCUAUCCGAGCAGGUUCCAGAUAUUAUAGAACGGUAUUCACAGUACUUGGAAGGCAUAUCAGUUUCAACUAUGGAUGAUUGGGCCUGUGUGAGUGGCAGAAAGAAAAGGUUGCAUUCAGGCAGCUGAGAAAGUCGUCCACUCAGCCAUUUCCACAACUUCAACAGAAGGAUGAUAAUUUGAUGAAAGCAGCAUGGAAUGAAUAUCUAGCACAAUACUCAGGAAAGUCCUGCAAUUUCUACAGGCCUUCUGUGUGGUUGGUUGCCUGCUCUAAUUUGACAACGGGGAGAGGUCAAGGAAAUAAAUAAGAAACGGGUCACUUUGGACCUGUUUGAUAACGUUCCUGUUUUUUAUUUCUUGUUCCAGAUCCAAUCCCUCUCCAAGGCUUCAACCACCGAGGAUCAUAUUCAGUCUCCACUAAUGCAGAAUUAUGAAGGCAAGAAAACUGCUUCUAAUUCUAGUUUUAGCCAUAUUGUAACUGUGACUCAGUGUUGUUGAGUAUUUAACACUAAUCUGGUGUUUGUAAAAUAUAAUUUAUUAACCACUCGGUGAAACUACUAAUAUAAGCUCUUAAUUGACAAUGCCACCUUAGUUUAA